UUCUGCCUACGGCAUUGAAUUCUCUCUGCUGUCAAUUAGUUCAAUUAUUGUGUCUGAAAACACGGGGCAAGGUGGGACAAAAUGGGCACUAAUACGAGUUUCCUGUGUUACGGAUAAAUAAAUCCUAAACUGCCAUGUUGCUGUGAUGACUUUGUUUUAUUCCAUGACCGCUUUGGUGCAUGCCUGACGACUGUUCAGACAUGAGCUACAACCAACCAGGUGCCGCUCCCAGGAGCAGAAGCAGCGGCUGCGAGGGCGCCACGCUCGCCGUCGACAUGGGAGUGCCGGAGAAGAGGAAGCUGUCCGAUGAGGCGGGAGGCGCCGGAGACGUUGGAGGCGGGGAGAUGGCCAGCAAGGGGAGCGGCAGCGGCAACGUGCGGCUGCGGCGCGAGCUGGGGCUCUUCAGCGCGGUCAGCCUCAUCGUCGGCGUCAUGAUCGGUUCCGGGAUCUUCGUGUCGCCGACGAGCGCGCUGGAGCGGUCUGGCUCUGUGGGGCUGUGCCUCGUCGUGUGGGCCGUGUGCGGCGGCAUCUCCCUCGUAGGUGCGCUGGGGUUCGCGGAGCUGGGGACGGUGGUGCCGCGGUCGGGCGCGGAAUACGCCUACCUGCUGGAGGCGUACGGCCCGCUGCACCGUUUCUGGGGCCCGGUGCCCAGCUUCCUGUGCGCCUGGAUCUACGUGGCCAUCCUGCGGCCCGCAGAGGUCGCCGUCGUCAUCCUCACGUUCGCCGAGUACGUGGUGCAGCCGCUGGCGCCUCUCGGCAUCGCGGAGCUGCACCCAGACACUCAGAAGCACCUGCUCAAGCUCAUCGCCCUGCUCGCUCUGGGACUGAUCACAUAUGUGAACGUGUGGAGCGUGAAACUGUACGUGCGUGUGCAGAACAUCUUCACUGUGGCCAAGCUCGUCGCGUGCUGCGUUGUCGUCUUGGGAGGUCUCUACGAGCUUUGCAUCGGCAACACUCGCAAUCUGAGCACUGGUUUUGAGGGUUCCAGCAACUCUGCACGAGACAUCUCCCUUGCUUUCUACAGUGGACUCUGGGCAUUUGAUGGAUGGUCAAUGGUGACUACCGUAACAGAAGAAGUAAAGAAACCAGAAGUGAACAUUCUCCGAAGCAUAGUGAUUGCAGUGCCUCUGGUUACUCUGUUCUACUUCAUGAUGAAUGUCUCAUAUAUGACAGUGCUGAGUAUACCAGAGAUGAUUGCAGCACCUGCAGUAGCUGUGGCAUUUGGAGAACGCCUUCUGGGACCGAUGAGUUUCAUCAUUCCACUGGGAGUAGCUCUGUCUACAUUUGGCUGUGCACUUGGCAUUCAGUUCAGUGUGACGAGGUUAUGCUUUGUAGCAGGCCAGGAGGGGCAUAUGGUCUCAAUCUUCUCUUUUGUGCAUAUCAGGCGCUUCACACCUGGACCUGCUGUUGUUAUUCAGGGUUUGAUAGCAGCAGUGUUUGUUAUCAUUGGUGAUAUUGAGCCCCUCAUUGACUUUGCAAGUUUCUUGGUUUGGGUGUUUUAUGGAAUGGCUAUGGCUGCACUGCUGAUAAUGAGGAGGACCAAACCACAUGCCGAUAGGCCGUAUAAGGUGCCUUUAAUAGUACCAAUUUUCACAAUCAUUGUGGCAUUAUUUCUGACUCUGGUACCAAUAGUAACAGAUCCUUCACCACGUUACUUCUUUGCUCUGGCAUUUAUUCUGAUGGGAGUUGCAGUCUACACAUUAUUUGUGUACAAAAAGAAGAGGCCAAAAUUUAUGGAUAAGGUGACCCGCUACACGCAGCUGCUUAUGGAGGCCGUGCCCACCGACCAGAACACGGACUGAACGAAGAGUCCCCGCCUGCAGCACACCCGCAGCCCGGAAACGCCGUGCCGUGCCUUGCGGCGGGAUCCACACAACCUCACGGGUUCACGCUGACUCAGCCAAAGUUCCUGUCUAAUUGUAUUUUUUAGAAGUAUGUGUGCUUUUUAUGUGAAUUGGUAAGGUGAAUGAAAUAUUUAUGUAUUUUUUUAUAAAAAAUAGAAGUUUGACACGUGAAAUAUACUUCAAAAGAAAAACAAAUUAAA